CUUGCUUUCAUCUCCUGCUGCCACGACAAUCAACUACAUCCAGGUAGAGGGUAGGUGACGAGACGCUCCGUUGGCAGUGCUGUCUCUGGAUCCCUAACAAACAGCGACUCUCCAAAUUCUGCCACAAACCUGCACCUUGCCAUCUUCGUCUGUGCGUGCACGCCCGACUUGAUUCGUCUCCUUCCCCGUCAAACGACUGGCUCAAGUUGUGGAAUAUCCCUUGCAACUCUUUCUUCACUGUCCUUUCUGCUUGACCCUCUCUCAUCUGCCUAUGGCAUCUUGAUAGUUCAUGUUCGGAUACCCCCUUCCAAAUCUUCUCUUCUCUUCUUUCCCCAGACCAUCAAACUUUUUGACCCAAGAGCAAGCAAACAUUGUCCGUCAUGUAUCCUGCGCCCGCUGCUCAAGCUCAAGCUCAAGCUCCCUACCGGCAGCCCUAUCAAAAUGGUUUUGCUCAACCUCAGUAUCCUGCGGCCGCUGGAUAUGCUCAGCCGCCGUAUCAAACCGCUGCUACUCCAGUGCCAUGUGGGGCUCAGCAAUAUCAACAACCGUACGCUGUUCUACCACAAAAUGGACCACCCCUGAAAAAGCAAAAAGGCAAUCCAGUCAUCACUCGCUAUCCUCCACCACCUGGGUAUAAACAGCAGCAGACAUACACUGCGGCUCCCUACACGGCACCAGUCUAUGCUCCACAACCUUCGCAACCUCAGUCAGCUUAUUCUCAGUCGGCGUAUCAAGGCUACCAGCAAACACCCACCACGGCCUAUCCUCCAACGACGGCCUACCCCACACAACCAAUAUAUGACCCGAACCAAGCUUACCAGCAGCCACCUUAUCAACCUCUGCAAUCUUCUCAGCCGUAUGCUGGAGCUCCAACCCAUCCAUACUCUGCACCUGUACCUGCGUAUCCACCCCAAGAGCACACUGGAUACUAUGAUGUGAACGGUGCAUACAUAGCCGCGCCUCCUGCACAUCCGGUGCCGUAUGGGGAUGCUUCGAACUAUCCACCCCCGCUAGUGGAGGAUGGAUAUGCUGCAUCGCAUAUACGACACCCCAGUCUUGACUUUGGCUUGGACUUCGACCUUGAGAGUGAAGCUGGUGUCCCGGCCGAGGAAGUUAUACCAGAACUGAGCCUUGGUCUGGUUACAUGGCACCCAGCCAUACCUACCAGCAAGCCUUUGCCGUCGGUCUAUGAGGAAGCUGACGCAGCAUGGACGGAGUCAGCCAAGACAACUAGAGACUUGCACAUAAGUGUUACGUCCGAGUUUUUCCCUGAUGACAUGUCGGUCGAUAUCAGGCUAAGCGUAAGAGACACGGACGAGUGGGAAAAGGUCAAGGAUGACAUCAUCUUCAUUGAGUUCGGCAAGACAUCAGUAACUGUUCCGCUUCUUACAGUCAUUGCAAAUCGCAAUCGUCCAGAUCCUGUUGCGGAGCAGAUACAACCAGUUGCUCAAGAUCAUGUCUCGACAACUGCGUCGCCCCAUCCCUCGCAGAUUCAGCAAUCUACCUGCGGAGCAGAAGACGACCAGUCUGAUGGCGAUCAAGCCAUGGACAUGAGUGAUGAUGAGGACGAACCCGUCAAGCCUGUCGCACAGCCCAUCAUCCGACCUCUUGUUCAUCCUUUGCCACCUCCGGUAGCCAAAGUGGCUCCUCCCGUGAAGCAGGUUACUAUCCUCGACACCCUUGAGCUAGCACUUGGACCAAAAUCGCCUCGUAAGAACGAUAGACAGCCACCCAGAGCCAACUCUCGAUACUCGAGAUCGCGAUCGCCUGAAAAACGCAGCAGACAGGGCUCGCAGCAAUCGAAAGCCAAGCCCGCUCCACUACCCAAGGAUUCGGCCCAAGAAAACAUUCUCGCAUUGCUCGGAGUCGAAGGUUCUCCCAAAAUGGUUUACCCCACUCCACCUCCUGCUCUCGGACUGCCGGUUCCUCCUGGCACUCGGUAUGCGCAGCAUUUCCAGUCCGAAAAGACUGAGCUGACACGUCGUAGCAAGAAGAUCACACCUCCUGGAGGCGUUGUGCACUCCAAUCAACGCUUCGCGUAUGGUCCUCAAUUCCCUCCGCCUCCGCCACCUCGCGAGAGCCGUUCACCAUCCUUCGACCCCUGGCGUGCACAUGACCCCACAAGUCCCAAAUCCACUACCUCUCAGCACACGGCUGCUGGCUCGGAUUUUCACCCCGAUGAAAUCAUGGUUGACAUGGAUGCUACCCCCAAAGCCAAGGCACCGACUGCGUCUGAAAAGUCGGGCAGUGGCAGAAAACGUGCAUACGACGAAGUGGUGGCCGCGGAAGGCCGCCGCAGGCAGGAGCAGGACGACGACACCCCCCGAGCGCGGCGCAUACGGCAAAGUAGACAAGACGUCUACAGUCGCUACCGCCGGUAAGCGUUUACCACGCCUGGGCGUGCAUGAGCAGCCCUUGGUACAAGUCUUUGUGCUACGCCCUUCUUUUCUUUCUUGCUCAUCUUUUACUUUGUUCCCUUUGGCCCAUGUCCUUAUAAACUACGAGAGCUGUUGCUAGGUUUAGUGUGUAUGCUGUAACACACCAGGGUGCUGCCUUCAAACUUGCGCGGACGGUCGGCACGAGAAGCCAAAUCUGUCUCACCACUGAAGAAAGAGCAGACUACGGUAACACUUUCUCUUCUUCUUCACGCUUCGAUUUUCUCUUCUUGAUUUCUUCUUCCUCGACCAAGAGAACAAAAACCAGUUUCUUUAUACGGUACCUAACUAGUUUUUAUUACGAACUCCACCUCAAUUCUUUCAGUCUUCCAGAAAAACA